AAGAAGAAGAAGAAGAAAUGCGUAGGACGCUAAUAAGUCAGUCUUAUUAUUUGUUCUCCAGUUUAAAAUAUUAACGUCGUAUAAAAUACAUCUUUGAUUCUUUAUUCAAGGAUAAAGUCGUCUCGAUGCGCUAGAAGCACUGUGCCGCUCCUCCUGCUAUCUAUGCUUGCUAGUUAGCUUAGCUCGCUAGUUAGCUUAGCUUGUUAGCUGCUAACAGAAGUUAUCAACACAUCGCUAAGUAGAGAUCAAGUGUGAGAGUAAAGUGUUGGGAUUGUGUGAAAAUGUCUACAUUACACAUGUUGAGAGCGUUGGUGGAUCAGCGACUAACUGCUGCCGUUGAAGAAAUAUUUGUAGUGUUAGAAAGAACGAUAGCGGAAUACGAGGCGGAACUUUCUCGGACAAAAGAGGAGAACAAUCAACUACUGGACGCUGUUUUCAAGAAACAUCAAGUUGUGUUACACAGAAAAGAUGUCGUAGAAGAACAUCUUCCUCGUGAGCAGGAGGAGGAACCACAGUCCCCCCACAUACAUGAUGAAGAAGAGCUACCACAUUCACAACACAUUAAAGAGGGAGGGGAGGAACCACAGCGCCCCCACAUUAAAGAGGAAGACGAGGCGCCACAGACCCGUAGUGUUAAUCUGACCCUUCACAUUAAAGGGCAAGCGGCGGACCCACUGAUCUUACACAUCAAAAAUGAAGAGGAGGACCCACUGACCCCUCAGAUUAAAGAGGAAGAGGAGGACCAAGAGCCGCCGCACAUUAAAGAGGAAGAGGAGGAACACAGCAUCAGUCAGGAGGGAGAUCAUCUUGAAGGACUGGUGGAGUUCCCAGUGACUGGUGUCCCUGUGAAGAGUGAAGAUGAUGAGGUCAAAGGUGAAAGUGAGGAGAAGAGCAGCAGCUCAACACAACACAUGACAACAGAAGCUGAUGGAGACCACUGUGGAGGAUCACAAGCAGACAAGCUCUUAGCUCCACUAUCAGAUAGUGAGGACACAACGUCACACUCUCCUGACACUGAUGAUGAACACUCUAAAGAUGAUAAGACAAACACUCACUUCAAAUGUUCUCACUGUGACAAAACCUUUAAAAAACAUAGUUAUCUGAAAAGACACAUGAGAAGACACACUGGAGAAAAACCAUUUUCUUGCUCGGAAUGUGGUAAAGGUUUAGUAACAAGUCGGAAUUUAAAAAUACACAUGAGAACACACACCGGAGAAAAACCUUUUAUCUGUUCAAUCUGUGGUAAAGGUUUCGCACAAAGUUCAUGUAUGGAGAAACACAGAAGAAUACACACUGGAGUAAAACCUUAUAUCUGUUCAAUCUGUAGUAAAGGUUUUGUACAAAGUCACCAUUUGAAAGUACACAUGAGAACACACACUGGUGAAAAACCUUUUAUCUGCUCAAUCUGUAGAAAAGGUUUUGUACAAAGUCACCAUUUGAAAGUACACGUUAAAACACACACUGGGGAAAAACAUUUGUUCUGUUCAACCUGUGGUAAAGGCUUUACGCAAAGUUGGUGUUUAAAAGUACACACGAGAACACACUCUGGUGAAAAACCCUUUUCCUGUUCAACUUGUGGUAAAGGUUUUACAGAAAGUCAAUAUUUGAAAAGACACACAAGAACACACACUGGUGAAAAACCACAUUCCUGUUCAAUCUGCAACAGAAGCUUUUGUGAACGAUCAAACCUUGUAGCACACAUGAGAACACACACAAGAGAGAAAGUGUUGAGUUGCAGUGUGUGUGGUGAAAGAUUCUCUUCUAAGUACCAGUGUAAGAAACACAAGUGUGCUGGUGAGAACAGCAGCAGCAAAUGAAAGUGCAGAAUUUAAAAUAAACUGUCAAGGCUUUAAUUUGGACUUUCUAACAACAUCAGCACAUAUAACAUGUGUGACAUUGUUGUUUGUGUAACAAUCUUUUUAAUAUGCUUCUACAUUUAUAGAUGAGACAUUUCAGUCAAGUACAUGCAUUGAUAUGCAACAUUGUGUACUUUUGUUAAAAACUGAACAACAAUUUGACUGAAAAGGUGAGAGUAAACAGUACAAGACAUAUUUUACAUACACUAGACAUUUUAUGUGUAUAUAUAUAUAUUCAUAAUACAAUUUUAGACUUAUUCAUCAGUGUUUUUUUAUAGGUGUUUGGAAUAUGACUAUAUAUAUAUGACUGAAUUAAUUAAUUAAAUAUUACAAAACUGUUGUGUAUACUAAUUCAUAGAUGUUAUUUUAUUAUAUAAAAAGGUCAGUAAAUUAUUCUAUAUAUUUGUAAACGCUUUGAAGUGGGAAAGGGGUAGGAUUAAAUAAGCUUUGCUUCUUCCUACUCCUUUUCGGGCAUGAUGUAAAAUGAAAUGAUAUGAAAUUGUGUGAUGUAUUAUGCUGUAAGUGUGUUCAUGUUCGAAAUAAACUAAAGAAAGAAUAUGGAAGUGUUACAUAUUUGAUUUCUAAUUGUUAAUGAUCCCAUAGAUUAUCACCUUUAUAUGAUAUACAUAUGUACUGGUUCACAUCUGAAACAUCUUCUGGACCACUUCAGGAAGCAUAUUAUUAUUUACUUUAUACAUCAUUUGAACAGUUGUCCUUUAUACAAUUUUAAAAUGUGUGAUUUUAUGAAUCAUUUGUUGGGUCUCUCUAAUCCAUUUUAUUAAUGAUCUUUAUUACUCUCUUUUGUAAUAUGAUGAUUGUGUUGUGAUUGUUUUAUAUGUAUGUCCCCAGACCUU